AAGGGCGGAAAAAUAACUAGUAAGGGCGGAAAAAGAGCUGCUUGUUUGUGUUUUGCUUCCAAAGGGAAGUUGCGAGAAGAAAGGGAGGAAGACGUGACGGCGGUGCAUUUCCCAACUCAUUUCUUCCUCCACGACAGAUGAGCACCGAAUCUGUGAGGACAUCUGAACACAUUUGACGUUCUAAAGCGUCGUCUGGCUCACAGCGAAAGGUGCCAAUCGCGAGCGUUGCGAUCCGAGCGGCGAGGUCAUGGCCGGCAGGGGCGGGGCGACCAGACCCAACGGCGCUAACAAGAUCUGCCAGUUUAAGCUGGUGCUGCUGGGCGAGUCGGCCGUGGGCAAGUCAAGCUUGGUGCUGCGCUUCGUCAAGGGACAAUUCCACGAAUUCCAGGAGAGCACAAUUGGAGCGGCCUUCCUCACCCAGACGGUGUGUCUGGACGACACCACGGUCAAAUUUGAGAUUUGGGACACCGCGGGCCAGGAGCGCUACCACAGCUUGGCGCCCAUGUACUACAGAGGCGCGCAGGCCGCCAUCGUGGUCUACGACAUCACCAACGAGGAGUCUUUUGCACGGGCAAAGAAUUGGGUGAAGGAGCUGCAGAGGCAAGCCAGCCCGCACAUCGUCAUCGCCUUGUCGGGCAACAAGGCCGACUUGGCCUCGAAGAGGGCGGUCGACUUUCAGCCAAACGAUUGCCCAAGACGGAGCCCCAGUCGGCGGGCGCCAACAGCGGCGGGCGAAACCGCGGCGUGGACCUGGCGGAGGCGGCGCAGCCCGCCAAGGCGCCGUGUUGCAGCAACUAGAGCGCGGCCGAAAGCGGCUCGGAACCUAUCGUCAUGCGCGUCAUCCUUUUCCAUGUCACCCCAUCUCCUGCAUCCUCCUCUCGAACACCAACUGCCCUCACGACGUCCAUCAACCUUCUCUUUGGUCUUCCUCUCGCUCUCUUGCCUGGCAGCUCCAUCCUCAUCACCCUUCUACCAAUAGACUCACAAUUUCUCCUCUGGACGUGUCCAAACCAUCCAAGUCUGCGCUCUCUAACUUUGUAACUUAAUUUUGCCGGACGUUGUUAACCCGGGCCACGACCGAUCCGGUAUGGAAUUCGUUGGAUGAACGCUCAUAUUUGUUUGCCAAAGUUUGAAGCCGGAUGCCCUACCUGACGCAACCCUCUGCAUUUAUCCGGACUUGGGACCGGCCUACAGUUUGCACUGGCUUGUGCCCCCCAUAGGGCUGCAUUAGCAUUCUAUAAUAUUAUACGUUAUAAAAAUAUUCAAUAAAAAACACAAUUCAUGAGAAAGUAAAUCAUUUGUACAUCUUGAAAAUUCAAUGGGCAUUGUGCUGCUCCUCCCGGUGUGUGCACCUUGGCCACCAGGAAGCAGUAUAAUACGUACAUAAUAAAUACACGAAGAAGACGGCCACAACCGCUCAGUAAGCUGCAGUCAUAUUAGUCGUUUUUUGCGUUGAAUAAAGAAUGCAUAUGCAUUA